AUGGGCAUCGCUGAGCAGCUGCGCGCCGUGCAGGACAAGGUUCAGACGGCCGCUGCGACACGUGCGGCCGCGCUGAAAUCUGCGGAGGCUCCCGUAAGGCUCGUUGCAGUGAGCAAGACGAAGCCUGUGGAGGACCUGAAAGAGGCAUACGAUGCGGGGCACAGACAUUUCGGGGAGAAUUACGUGCAGGAGAUUGUAGACAAGAGCCCCCAGCUCCCUGCAGACGUGCAGUGGCACUUCAUCGGACAUCUGCAAGGCAACAAGGUGGGCAUGUUGGUCAAAGGCUGCCCCGGCCUUGCUUGCCUAGAGACGAUUGACAGUGAGAAGCUCGCGCGGGCUGUGGAUAAGGCCUGGAAGGCGCAGUACCCGGACCGGCGACUGCGAGUAAUGGUGCAGGUGAAUUCCAGUGGCGAAGAGUCCAAGAACGGCGUGGAGCCCAGUGAGGUCGCGGAGCUUUGCAAGGUCAUUGCCAAGGAGUGCGAGGGGCUUGAGCUCGGGGGGCUGAUGACCAUUGGCGCCCCUGACUACAGCGGCUGCCGCACGGAAGACUUCGAGUCUUUGAUGAAGUGCCGUGAGGAGGCAGCCGCAGCCAUCGGCUGCGGCGUGGAGUCCUUGGAGCUGAGCAUGGGCAUGAGCGCAGACUACGAGAAUGCCAUCCGCGAGGGCAGCACAUCCGUGCGCGUGGGCUCGUCUAUCUUUGGGGCCCGUCAUUACCCGCCAAAGUGA